CUUGAUGUCAUUCUGAGCAGCUGGGGCGGCCGGUGCAGGCAGGCGGAGCGCACGGAGCUCCCGGCCCCCUUCCCGCCGCCCGCCAGCGCCCCCCAGAGCCGGGAGCGGGGCCCCCCUCAGUCGCAGGGGCCACACGGGGAAGGGGGGACCGGCAGCAGCUCCGGCAGGGCUCUCCUUCCUUUACCUCCCUGCGAUUGCUCCCCAGGACCCAGGCGCUCGGAGCUCCCCGCACGCACCCCGAGCCCGGGCUCAGCCCCAGCCCUGGCCCCGGCCCUGGCCCCAGCCCCGGGAGGGGGGGGGUGCGUGCAGUGGGGAAUGCCCCAGCGCCUGCAGGGGACCCCCUGGCCUCGGGCUUCCUCAGCUGGGGCGAACACCCAGGGGUGCUGCCUCUCCGCUCUCUACCCCAGGCCGAAGCGGGGCCGGACCCUUGCCGUGCACCCCCGGCCCUGAGGGGGGCUCUAGCUGAGGGUCCCACCCAGCCUCAGGGGGCCCCCCACACCUGGGUGCCUGGGAGGUGAGUGAGUGGCCCUGCCUCCAGCUUUGGGGAGAGAAUAUGGGAGUCUUCCUCCUUACCCACACUCCGACCUCAGAGGAAGAUUAACCAGUUCCCUCCCUCGUCUUUCUCUCUCUUUCUCCCCUACUCUGGCUCCCGUCCUCCCCCCUUCCCCCAUCUAUCUUUCCACUGCCUCAAUUUCUACAUCCAGGAUCAUUCUACCUCGACUUCCCCACAAUAAGAACUCCAUAACCAGCUUCUCCCGCCCCUCCCCCAAGGGCCUGACACCUGAGGACCCCCCUCUUCUAGCUGCCCCCCAGGGACUGACUGGUUACUUGGUGGGACCCUUGGGGGGUGGCAAAGGGAGUAAUACUUGUACCAGAGCCCCUCCUCACCAGGAACAUAUCCUGGCCAGGAUGGGUCAGCCAGGGGCUCCCUGCUAGCCAGGACUUUACCCAGCAUCCUCUUGGCAGAGUGGGUAUCUGGUGGGGGGGGCUUUGACUUCUUCCCCCCUUUGCCCCCUGACGCUGCUGCCCCCCUUAGUCACCAUGGACACCAAGCUGCCCCCAGCGAGCACCCCAACCAGCCCUUCCUCCCCGGGGCUAUCUCCAGUCCCCCCACCGGACAAAGUAGAUGGCUUCUCUCGGCGGUCCCUCCGGCGGGCCCGGCCCAGGCGCUCCCACAGCUCUUCCCAGUUCCGAUACCAGAGUAACCAACAGGAACUCACACCCCUGCCACUGCUCAAGGAUGUACCAGCCUCCGAGCUCCAUGAUCUGCUGAGCCGGAAGCUGGCCCAGUGUGGGGUCCUCUUCGAUUUCCUGGACUGUGUGGCCGACUUGAAGGGGAAGGAGGUGAAGCGAGCGGCCCUCAACGAACUGGUGGAGUGUGUGGGAGGCACCCGGGGUGUCCUCAUUGAGCCGGUGUACCCCGAUAUCAUCCGCAUGAUCUCGGUGAAUAUCUUCCGGACGCUGCCACCCAGUGAGAAUCCUGAGUUUGACCCUGAAGAGGAUGAACCCAACCUAGAACCUUCCUGGCCACACCUGCAGCUGGUCUAUGAAUUUUUUCUACGUUUCUUGGAAAGUCCAGACUUCCAACCCUCAGUGGCCAAGAGAUAUGUGGAUCAGAAGUUUGUGUUGAUGCUCCUGGAGCUGUUUGACAGCGAGGACCCCCGGGAGCGCGAGUACCUCAAAACCAUUCUGCACCGGGUCUAUGGCAAGUUCCUGGGCCUUCGUGCUUACAUUCGGAAGCAAUGUAACCAUAUCUUUCUUCGGUUCAUCUAUGAGCUAGAGCAUUUCAAUGGUGUGGCUGAGCUGCUGGAGAUCCUGGGGAGCAUCAUCAAUGGGUUUGCUUUGCCCCUGAAGACUGAGCACAAACAGUUCCUGGUGCGCGUGCUAAUUCCCCUGCAUUCAGUCAAGUCUCUCUCCAACUUCCAUGCCCAGCUGGCGUAUUGCGUAGUACAGUUCCUGGAAAAGGAUGCCACCCUGACAGAGCAUGUGAUCCGGGGGUUGCUCAAAUACUGGCCUAAAACCUGCACCCAGAAGGAGGUGAUGUUCCUGGGGGAGAUGGAGGAGAUUCUGGAUGUCAUCGAGCCCUCCCAGUUUGUCAAGAUUCAAGAACCUCUCUUCAAACAGGUGGCUCGAUGUGUCUCCAGCCCCCACUUCCAGGUUUCAGAGCGGGCUCUGUAUUUCUGGAACAAUGAGUACAUCCUCAGCCUCAUUGAGGACAAUUGUCACACCGUGCUGCCCACCGUGUAUGGGACCCUCUACCGCGUCUCCAAAGAGCAUUGGAACCCGACCAUCGUGUCUCUGAUCUACAACGUGCUUAAAACCUUCAUGGAGAUGAACGGGAAGCUAUUUGAUGAACUCACGGCUUCCUACAAACUGGAGAAGCAGCAGGAGCAGCAGAAGGCCCGGGAGCGACAGGAGCUGUGGAAAGGCCUGGAGGAGCUCCGGCUGCGGAGGCUGCAGGGUGCAGAUGAAGCUUUGCUCCACCGGCUUGGGGCCAGGCCAGCCCCAGGAGGGGAGCAGAGCUAGAGGGACCCCCCCCCUCACACACACACACACACACACACACACACACA